AAGCAUUUGAUUACCCCUCUCCUUGGAAGGGACAGGAACAGAUGUACAAGCUGGACAUAGGCUGGCCUAAAAUUCCAGAGUACUUCACUGGUCAAACAUUUUGUGUUGCUGUUGACUCUCUUCAUGGUUUGGUCUAUGUGGGACAAAGGGGAGAGAAUGUACCAAAGGUACUUGUAUUCUCAGAGGAAGGUUAUUUUCUUUACUCCUGGAAUAAUACAGUUGAAAUGCCUCAUGGUAUCUUUGUACUGAACACCGCAACAGAUAGUUCAGUAUGGAUCACAGACGUUGGAACAGGCAAAUAUGGGCACACCGUGAAACAGUAUAGCCCUUCGGGUAAACUUAUGCAGAUCUUGGGCACACCAGGUAAUGCUGGUUCAAGUUUGAUUCCCCUACAAUUUGAUCAACCAGCAGAGGUCUUUGUAGAGGAAAGUGGAGAUAUGUACGUUGUGGAUGGAGACGGAGGAAUGAAUAACAGAUUGCUCAAACUAUCCGACG